ACAACACGUAACAGCUUAAACUUUUUGACUACAGCCUCUUGUCCAAACGGGAUAUUGUCUAUUUUCGGUUUGAUUGUUAACGAAGUGACUUGGUAAAUAUUGCCUUAGUUAUGGACCAAGUUUUCAACAACAAAAAAUCUGAAUUGAUGAGGUAAACUACAAUGGACAUUUUUAAUUUUCUGACGGAUGAGCAGUUACUGCGGUUUUUCCGCUGUAGUAGAGCAGAGAUGUUAUGCAUGGAGCAACCACACACCUUCCUUAAUCAGGUCCGAGACCACCACCUCAUUCCAGAGGAAAUGUAUAAGGGCGUGUACAAGGUGCUGGACUGGCUGGAGACAGAGAGACCUCACAGCAUUAAGUUGUUCUGGAGCUGUGUAUUCAGGGACCACCUCCUUCAGCAGUACCCCACGCUACGAAACAGCCUGCUGGAUGGGUCGUUCACCUUCAACACAAAACUGCCAGAGAACUUGGAGAAAGAAGAGGAGGAGAAAGAGGAGAAGGGGAGGAAGGUGGAGGGGGAAGAGAAGGAGGAGGAGGAGAAAGAGGAAAAGAAGACAGGACGGAAAAAGAGGAAACAGAAGAUAUGCGAGAGUGCUAAGGAGGAGGAACAGCCCACAGCCCAGAUGGUCCAGAGGCCGACCUACGUGUCGGGUCGGAAGAGUACCCAUAAGUCACAGCGCUCGGUGAUCCCGGUGGAGCUCCCGAUCCCAGUUGAGCUCCUGGUGGAGCUCCCGGUCACCUGUGGGGACAAAGAGGGCAUGCUCAACAGGGACAAGCUGGCCAAAGGGGAAAGUUGCAUUUUGGUCCAGGGUCAUUGGUUAACCCCCAGUAGGUUUGAGGAGUUUGGGGGGAAGAAGAGCAGUAAGAACUGGAAGUACAGUGUCCGCUGUAGAGACACCACUCUGGGAAAACUGAUCCAGGAAGGUCAUUUAACUUCACCAGACUUUAAAAGAAGAAAGAGUGCACAGGCCAAGAAAGCACCGUUCCCCUCCAACCAAUCAGCAAACUCAAUCACAGACUCAAAACCUGAGGAAGAUGACGAUGAUGAUGCGUUUGAGGAUGAAGAAGAGGAAGCUGAGCAGGAAAGACAGAAGAUGCAGGGAGGAGAGCGGGCAAACACGGCUGGAGGAGAGAGCAGUGCAGGACGCAGCCAUGGUGUUGUGGGAAAGUCCGUCUUCAAAGUCACCUGUGUGGCCAUCAAUGGAACGCUACAUAAGGAUCGGUUUGCAUCUGGGUUGUGUGGGAAGAGCAUCCGAUCGGAGCAGCGCUGGAUGACCCCGGUGGAGUUUGUGCAGGAGGGGUCAGCUCGGGCAGAUCCCUCCUGGAAGAAAGACAUCCAUUGGGAUGGGAAACCACUCAGCGUCCUCAUCAAGAGUGGGCUUUUGGAAAUCCACUCCGUCCAGUGUCCAUGCAACCUGUGCAGCAUCACGACCAAAGACGUGCACGAUCAGGAUAACGAUGACGACUGCUUCAUCUGUAGAAGCCAGGGCAGCUUGAUAUGCUGUGAUGAGUGUCCUCGCUCCUUCCAUCAGAGAUGUCAUCUUCCUAAUGUGGAUGAUGCUAUGCUGGGGGAUAAUAUUCAGUGGAUGUGUACAUAUUGUGUAUUGAGGACCAGUCAGCCAUGGCGCUACCCCAAACAAAUGACCUACCAGGAAGCCUUGACCUGCCGAAUCUCUGACCACCUACUGGAAUGCCAGUACCUCCUGCUGUGUCUCUACCAUGCAGAUGAGGACCACAUCUUUGUGAAAGAUCCUUGCAUCAAUGUGAGAAACUACACCAGUGUGAUAAAGACUCCGAUGUGGCUGGACAGGGUUGUGGAGAAGCUGCAGCAGAAUCUCUACCAGUCAGUGCAACACUUUGAGUCUGACGUGUUGCUUAUCUUCACCAACUGUGCCACGUUCAACAGGAAGCCCGCACCUACAUAUGGAGCCAGCAGGAGCAGCAACCACCCCUCUCCCCACGAUGGAGGAGAGAGUCCUUCAUCACACGUCCAUCCUUCAUCGCAUCGGAUCAGCUAUGGAUCAAAUGAUGGAGAGGAUGGAUCGUUGGGAGAGGAGUGGUCUCCCUACUACCCCACCUACCCUCCCUCCAGCAACUAUACCAUCUCCUCCAGCGGGAUCCGGUGCCAGCGCUUUGCGUAUUACGCCUCCAAGUCAGUACGAUGGAGCGGCGGCGGGGUGCCAGGGAUUCCUGCUACAAUUAGAUCUGUACCUGGCCACCGUUCGACCAGCUCCCUCGGACGAAGAGAGCGUGAGUGUCCUCGUUUCCUGCCUGACGGGUAGAGCCCUAGAGUGGGCCAAUGCGGUCUGGAACGGGCCCGACUCAGCGAGGGGCCACUACCCGGAGUUCACCCGCCGUUUUCGGGCCGUGUUCGAUCACCCUCCAGAUGGCCUAGCGGCGGGUGAGAGAUUGUUCUAUCUCCGGCAGGGAACGAGGAGCGCGCAGGACUUCGCGCUGGAUUUCCGGACCUUGGCCGCUGGAGCAGGGUGGAACGACAGGGCCCUGAUAGACCAUUACAGGUGUAGCCUGAGAGAGGACGUCCGCAGAGAGCUGGCUUGUCGGGACACUACGCUCAGUUUGGAUGAACUAAUAGACAUGUCUAUCCGGUUAGACCAUCUGCUAGCUGCUCGCGGACGUUCUGAAAGGGUCCUGUCAGUUCCACCUCCUGACCCUCCUGCUCACAUCCCGAUGGAGCUAGGAAAGGCAGCAUCUAGGGAGAUCGGAGGAGGAGGCUCCUCCUGUACCAGUUGUGGCCGAAGAGGGCACACUUCCGGUCGGUGCUGGAGGAGUCCAUCUGGGAAUCGAGAGGGCAGGCAGAACACUCCUCGGUCACCUCAGGCCGGUGGUAGCUGGUCCCAUGCAGGAAGGUGAGGUUCCGGAG